AUGUGCAAGAAGGGAGCGACGUGCGAGUUUCGCCAUUCCGAAGCAGCGAGGCGGAACCCUCGCGACUGCUACUACUGGAUGAGUUGGGGAUGCAACAAAGCCGACUGCGCGUUCAGGCAUCCGCCUCUAGGCAGGCCGCCUGGCGCAGCUCCCCCGCCCGCGUUCCCCCUGGCGGAGGACAAGUCGCGCACGCCCUGCUUCUUCUUCGCCAGGGGCGCGGAAGGGAAUGGUGCUGUGAACAGUGCAGGCGCGACAGGUGUCAAGAACCGACUGGCUGCCAGGCUGUCAGGGCCUGCGGGCAAUGCGAGUGCAGGGAGCCCAGGAGGCGCCUCUGAUGGUCCCAGUGUUGGUGCUGCUGCUGUGAAGGUGGGGGAAGCAGCAGGAGCAGGGCGAGGGGGGAAAGGUGGGUUCCACCGACCCCGUAGUCUGGCAGAGAUUCUGGCUGAGAAGCGGAAAGCCCAGGGGACUGAUGCGCAGCUCAUCAGGGUUGCUGGUGCGUCUGCUGCUAGGAGUGCUGGCGAGAGGGCUCAGACAACAGCAGUGCAGAAUCCUGCGAAUGGUAGUCGUGAAGCAGUUCAUGUGACAGCUGGCAAGGCAGCUGGUGCGACAGCUGGCAAGCCGGCCGGAGCGACAGCUGGCGAAGCAGCUGGGCUGUUCUCGGGCCCUCGGCCUCUCUCAGAGCUUCUGAAGCGCAAGCGAGCAAGCGAUGAUGGAGCUGCGUUGGUCAUCGAGCGUUCUUGGAAGGACGUGGAAGCCGAGCCGCAGAACGGAUUGCUGUCAAUAAAACAACUAAUUGCGGGUGAUGCUUCUGGAAGCGACGGCGACAUGGAAGUUCCGGAUCGCGCGUCCAAUUUGACUGCAGAAAGCGGCGAAAACGCUCCGCAAAUGUCCCGUCCAACCGAGGUUUCUCCUCAGGCUCGGGACGAUGAUGGAGCCGCUAUUAGUGGAAGUCCGUCUUUGACUCAGCGCCUGAGCGAGAGUGUCUGUGGGGAGGAAGGAGCAGCAGCAGAGGCAUGGAGCGGUGGUACUGUCGAGGCUUCAGGUGACGAGAAACGGCGAGAAGAGGAGUCUGUUGUCUCGACCUCGGUGGAUGCACCUCCGGCUGUGUCCGUGUCAGAGGAAGCAGGAAAUAUGAAUAACGGAGGGAACGGAAAGAACGGAGAGCAAGCAGCGACAGCAGAAACCGUCGGAGCGACAGAGAGUGAUAGAGACGUUGCUACUCAGGCCUUGCAAUCGGAGUCGGAACUGGCGUUCAAGAAGAUGUCUCUUGAUCCCAACGCUGCUGAGUUCACCCCGUCCUUCGCGCCUUCCCCGUCAGCAAUUGUUGCGACACCAUUUGUACCAGACUACACGCCUCUCAACUCCACUGCUGCUGCUGUCGUAUCUGAUGCCACAGCUGGCGCCUCCUCUGCUGCUUCAUCUGCUUCGUUUGUGGUUCCUCCACUCAUUCCUCCCCUCGUUACCAGCAGCACAAUUCCUGCGGUCAAUUUUAACCGUCCGUUCCCGGCCAUCUCCCAGGUUGUUCCUAUAGGCCCGCGACGGUCCUCUCCCGUGCCUCCACGUGGCAACGGUCGGUGGGAGUGUGGUUGGAGUGGAAGAGGGGAAAGGCAUGUCCGUGGAAGGCAGGGUGGAGGCAGCAGGAGCAGCAGCUCUGGGAGCAGCAAGCAUGGGAGCAUGGAGGAUGUUGCAUCACAGGCACCAUUGCCUACACACGCGGGUUUCAGGGCUCCUUAUAUGGGGUAUGAAAUGGGGGAGACUCUGGUGCCUCCUCCUCCUCCUAUGCCCCCCACGCCGUUGGCAACAGCAGAAGACAGGGUUUCCCGGGCUAUACUGCUCUCUCUGUUGCCAGCACCUGAACAACUACCUGACGCCGUUAUGUCACAAGAGAUAGAGAGAACGUGGGGUCCUUUGAGGUUCCUCGAUUUGUCCCGCCGCAGGGAAGGCGUGGCAAUGGCACAUUUUUUCGACCUCCGCCACGCCAAGGCGGCCCUGCGGGACAUCCAGCAGCAGCACUGGCUGCAGCAGCAGCGCACGCACCACCGCAUCCUGCUCCGCCUGCGCCAGAUCCACGCCAGAGAAACCCCUGAGAAGACCAUUCAGGACCCCUACCGGCCCCUGCCGAACGAGCCUGUGCCGCUGAAAGGGCUGGGGUUGGUUGCUGGCUGGGUGGUGUGGGCGCAAGCGGUGGAGCCUGAUGGGGAGGGAGGGGCGUGGGCGGGAGAGGGGAAGGUGGCUGAGCAUGGGAGGGGGUUUGGAGGGGGUGUUGAAGGGAGGUUCGGUGCGGUGCAGCAGCGUCACCAGCAACAGAAGUCGCAGCAGCAGCAGCAGCAGCAGCAGUUGUUAAGCCAGCAGGUUCAGCACAUGCAAGGAGGGUUAUGGCAGGGGGCGAAUGAGCAGCAGGGAGGGCCGUGGGACGGUGGUAAUGGGUGCAUAAUGGUGCGGAACAUUGACCCCUCCGUAUCGAUGGACUCUCUGCGUGCACUCUUCACAACAUGCGGAGAUGUAAAGGAGGUCAGAGCCGUUCCUUCCCAGAAGCUUCACCGCCUUGUGGAGUUUUUUGACAUCCGGGCAGCAGCCCAUGCGCUGCAGAAACUGACCGGAACAGAGCUGGCGGGCAGGCGGAUAAAGAUGGAGUUUGCACGUGAAGGACUCAUGAAAGAGGCAGUUGGAGCAGCUGGAGCAGGAGGCGUGGUGCGAGCAGGAACAUUGGGAGCAGUGGGAUCGAGAGCAGCGGAGGCAUGGCAGGGGAGUCGACCAAGAGAAUUCCUCGCCCCCCCACGGAUCUGCCGCGCCCUCCAACGCAUCGACUGCCAGCAGCAGCUCGUCGCACUCGCCCAGGCACGCGCCCGCCCAGCGCAACCCUGA